UUCAGUUUAACAAACGAAGGCUGACAGCAGAAGCAACGGAAGGGAUCAGGCCCUGGCUCAACGCGGCGUCUGGAAGUCUGGCCGGCCCCUCGGAAGCCUCAGGGACGCCCGAGCAGUGACGCGUGUGGUGGAGGGUCAGCCCACCGCCUCCAAAUUCUUCGCCUCACGCCGCCAUCAGCAUUUCUUGACAUUUCUCUUCCCUUCAAUUUCACACUCAAUUUACUUGCAUUCCUAUAUUUAUUUAAUCUUUUUUUUUUUUCGUAUCCCUCACUUCAGAUCCUUUUAUCCCUUUGUGUCUUUGCCUAUAAUGCUAAGCCUCGCGGUGUUCGCCCUUGAGUCACUAGCGAAGCUUCUGUCGCGUAGGUUGAGUGCAAGUGAGCGGCCUGAGAGCAGCAGCGGCGACUAUGGCCAAAAGGAAGUCCUCCGAUAAGCUUCCAGUGUCAUUGUCUCCUUUACAACCCACCUAGCCACUCCGCCUUGCCCGUCUCUCUCUCCUGCAUCUCACGGAUCUGCUGCCGCGUCGCUGAGUGAACAGAGACAUCAUGGGGUUCAGGAGGGUGGUUCCCGUGGUUCGUUUGGGAAGGCGUGGGUGGCUCCGUCUCGACGCCCGCCACGCCGCCCUCACAGCUGCUCUCUACACCAUAGUGGUGUCCGUGGUGGUGGCGGCACUGUGCGGGUGGCGGCUGGCGGUGAAUGGGCGGCAUCCACACCACCUUCAGGACGUAUAUUAUGGUGUGCAGAUCGCCUACCUGGCCACCCUGUGCACACACCUGGCCCUCAUUGUGCUCAGCUGCUUCCUCAUCGUGGGGAUAUCCCAGGAGCGGGCGGGGUUGCUGUCGCCGUGGGUGGUGGCGAGCAUCGCGUUCAUGGCGCUGGAGGCUGUGUGCUGCGUGUACUCCAACGUGCUGCGGGACCAUAUCAAUUUGAGGUUCGACACGCUAUGCAAGGUGGAGAUGAGUUUCUUCACAGCACGAGUCUUUGUCAACAUUUUAGCCUUGUGGGGAGUAAUGAAGCUGUAUCGAAACCUCCGCGCUGGUUACUCCUACAGGGAUCCCGAGGCCAUAGAGCUGUAGAGGAGUGACAAGAACAGCCAGCGGUGACGAGACGCAAGGGAAGGUUGAGUGAAUGGCAGUUCACGCGCUCCUAGAAAGCCAGCCACGUUGCACAUCAGAUGUUACUCAAUUGGGCGUUACUGAGAGAGAGAGAGAGAGAGAGAGAGAGAGAGAGAGAGAGAGAGAGAGAGA